AUGGCAGCAACGGCUACCACCCGCAUCCCAAAUGCCCCGGAGCAUUUCCAACGUGCUUCGGCCAAUGGCUGGCAAACCAUCUCAGCCAACGAAGCACAGAGACCACUGGAAGGGGCAGAGCUUGCAGUCAACUACUCGGAGUACUUCAACCAGGGUGAUUUUCAACUAACAUUCGCUUUCCCCUUCAGGACCAGCCUAGAUGCAGCAGUGCUUGAGAGGAGGUUCCCCGCUGCCAUCUGGUUGACCAGGACCUUACUGCCUGAGCUUGGUACGAGUACCGUCGCAACCCAAUCCUCUGCCUCGACUUCGGACCAUGUGGAUCUCGACCAUGCCACCUUUCGAGCCAUCACGAGCCUUGACCACGCCCUCGACUGGCUCGAUCAAUCAGCUUUUGUCAUCCACGACGCACAAUCCUUCCAAGAAGUAUGCGAACGAACCUCCAACGAACGAAUCGAGCCUGCCGGCCAGCACUUCCGCGCCUAUCUUGUUCUCGACCCCAAGAGCGGCCCGUCAGCCUUCGUCCUGAAUGUCUCACACGUUCUGAACGGCCAUCGUUUGCUGCACCAAGCCCAAAACGUCUUGCAGAGCUUGCUCCACCCUUCUUUCGACCAAGUCCUUCCGUCUGACUCCCGUGUUGGGUCUGGCGACACAGCUCGCCACCAGAUCGAGCUCGUCAAGGCCGUCUUCCAGCCAGAAGAUCUGAGGCACGUGCUCCCUCGGCUUCCCCAAAGCCUUCCUCAUGCAUACAAGUCUCGCUUCCAACCGAGUGCCGAGCAUUUCAACAUCGGCUCUCAGAAGCUGGCAGAGCGCUUGGAGAAUGACGCCAAGCCUACCAUCGGCAUCCCAGGCUUCAAUCAAGUGCUCACGCAAGAUCGACACUCGGAUCGACCCAUGAUCAACUUGAGGCGGUCGUUCUCGAAAGAAGAGCAGGAAAGGUUCAGGAUCCAGUGCAAGCGCAACAAGGCCACCAUCUCGUCUUACGUCUACGCAGCUGUUGUCAAGGCAAUCGAACAGCUCACUACCACCGUCGAAGCCUCUGGGAACGGAAAGACAACACAAGGGGCACACCUCACGUUUCCAGCGCACGCCAGCCGAUGGCUUCCAGAAGAGACGGCCAAGCAGUCGCGAUCCGUCGUCACCAUGGCCAUCGCCCCAGCUUCAGUCUAUCUGACCCCCGAGGAGGUCAGCCCAUCUGACGCCAAUGUGCAGGCGGGAAGCUCGCAAAACGCUCAGGUUCAAGACACGUUCCGACUGGCGAGGAUCCUAGGCAUCAAACAGAACGAAUACCUCAACAGCCCGCACAUUCUGGCCUCUCUCGACACGCUAGGCCAAGCUGGCGCGCAAGGUGUCAGGAGCAACGCCCAAGCUCUGGCGGCAGGCAACGCAGCGCCAAGUUCUGCAUCCAGCUUUUCCACGCCAACACUCACCUCACAAGGAAUCUUGGACCUUGCCAAGGACUAUCCCAUGCCAAGCACCGACAUGUCGUCCAGCAGCACAUCUCACUGGCUCCAACUCACAGAUGCCGUGCAAUACGGCCGAGCCACAAGCCCCUCGGUAUGCUUCUCGCUUUACAGCUUUGACGGAAAGCUGCAUCUAAUGGUGCACUUUGACGAGCGCCGCUUCGACCCAGCUGUGGUCACCUCCGUUCUGGAUCGAGUUUGCACCCUCAUUGAGCCAUGCUGCCAUCCUGCAUUGCUAUGA